AUGACUGUCGUUUGCAUAUCACCAUCACUCACUGUCCGACAGGGAGUUCCCACUCCCAAGCCAGUCGCACAUUCCACUUCCUCACACACGUCCAAAGUGAGCUUCAGUCAAAAAGUGAGAAUACGCCGGACCGUUGUCCCACCCCGGACCUCCGAAGAGUUUCAAGCCAUUUGGUUCACUGAAAAGGAAAUUCUAGAAAGGCGGCGGAAAGACAAGAGGCUACGAUAUGCCGUUGCCAAACAACCUGAAGUGUUUGGCACGCACAAACUUUUGAGUCUUGGUUUGUACACGGAGAGUGAACGUUUGCAACGUUGCAAGCGAGCAGUGGCCGCUCGUGACUCUGUCCUUACUAAUAAGAGAAAGGCAAUGGAUGUAGACAGCAGUGGCAGCGACUCGGAUGACAGCAGUCUGACUAGUACGCCAACCAUUCCCACCAUGACGUUUACCAGUUAUGCCCUUCAUUCCAAGGCAGCUGCCGUAGAGGCUCACGAACGUGCGCUUCAACAUUCCAAACAUGUCCAAAGUAUGGACAAUAAUGAAGACGAUGCAUCAGCAAAGAAAACUCAAGAGUUCUCUGACACUACUAGUAGUAGUACUCGCGAAACUGCCUCACAAGCCUUACCAAGCAUGGACAUUAUCUCAACUUCCAAUUUGGUGUCCUCGCCACCAAUUGGGGUGCGGGUGGCUGCCUGA